GACCGGAAGUUAUGUAUGACUUCCGGCUGUGGCGUGGGGCGCUUGAAUUGGGUGAAAGGUGAAGAAGACGACCCGCAGCCAAUUUGUGCACAAACUGUGAUCGCUUCCUCUACAUUUCAACUCACCUGAGCCCCACCAUGCUCCAGAACACAGGGAAGCUAGCUGGCUGCACGCUCUUCAUCACCGGAGCGAGUCGAGGAAUCGGGAAGGCCAUAGCUCUGAAAGCUGCCAGAGAUGGUGCCAACAUCGUGAUUGCUGCCAAAACUGCUGAGCCCCACCCCAAACUCCCCGGGACCAUCUACACCGCAGCACAAGAGGUGGAGGCAGCGGGAGGAAAGGCAUUGCCAUGCGUGGUGGACAUUCGUGAUGAGCAGCAGAUCGGAGAUGCUGUUCAGAAAGCCGUUGACGCAUUUGGAGGCAUCGACAUCUUGGUGAACAAUGCAAGUGCCAUCAGUCUGACAGGAACUCUGGAGACGCAUAUGAAAAAGGUCGACCUGAUGCUGGGAAUCAACCUGAGAGGAACUUACCUGACGUCUAAGCUGGUCAUCCCUCACCUGCUGAAGAGUCGGAAUCCUCACAUCCUGAACCUGUCGCCGCCUCUCAACCUGAACCCCGUCUGGUUCAAGAACCACACCGCCUACACAAUGGCGAAGUAUGGCAUGUCCAUGUGCGUACUGGGAAUGGCUGAAGAGUUCAGAGGUCAAAUUGCCGUCAAUGCCCUCUGGCCGAGGACGGCGAUUCAGACAGCAGCCAUGGACAUGCUGGGGGGAGAGGGUGUCAGUAAACAGUGUCGGAAAGCUGACAUCAUAGCGGACGCUGCCUACGCCAUCCUGUCCCGUCCGAAAGAUUACACGGGUCACUUCCUGGUGGAUGAGGAGUUCCUCAGAGAGCAGGGUGUCAAAGACUUCGACCAGUACGCUGUCCAGCCGGGUCACCCUCUGCUGCCAGACUUCUUCCUGGAUGAGACUCCAGAGUCACUGGUGGAGAAGAUGGAGCAGCACGGGGCAACGCCAGCCUUUAAACCACCAUCCUCAUCAUCAUACACGCCCACCUCUGGAGGCCCAGUGGAAACCACGUUUGAUGUCAUCAAAGGAGUCAUUAAUGAAGACGUUGUCAAGUCUACUCAGGGCAUCUAUCAGUUUGACCUGUCAGGAGAGCACACUGGCGUUUGGUUUCUGGACUUGAAGACUGGCUCGGGCAGCGUGGGGCAGGGCGAGUCCCCCACCAAAGCUGACGUUGUCAUGAAAAUGGACUCCAGUGACUUCAGCAAGAUGUUUUCAGGGAAACUGAAGCCCACGAUGGCAUUCAUGUCAGGGAAGCUGAAGAUCAAAGGAGACAUGACGCUGGCGAUCAAGUUGGAGAAACUGAUGAAUCGCAUGAACAAGGCCAAACUGUGAAACUGAAACCCCACCCACAUGUAUGCAGGCCCCACCCUCUUGCUCUUUGUUCCUGUACAUGUUGCCUUAAUAAUAAAAACACAUUAACACCUCAAUAAAGCAACCUCAAUAACAUCCA